AUGGUAAUAGAGUUAAGAAAAAAUAGUGAUUAUAAUAUUUCUGCUGAUUAAAAUCAAAUCAAAAUUGAAGAAAUUAUUUAAGAGAGUGAAGAUAAAAAAUAAUAGAAUAUCAAAUAGUCUGAAAGAUUAUUAAAUGAAGGUAUGCCCAAUUGAAUUACUUUUUAGGAUGGGCAUUAAAUAAUUUGAAUAAAUAUUAAGAAGCCAUUGAAUGUUAUGACAAAGCAAUUUCCAUUAAUCCUAAAAAUGAUCUUGCUUGGAGUAAUAAGGGUAAUUAAUUGUUAAAAAUUAUUUUUAGGAUGGGCAUUAAAUAGUUUAAAUAAAUAUUAAGAAGCCAUUGAAUGUUAUGACAAAGCAAUUUCCUUUAAUCCGAAGUAUGAUUUUGCUUGGAACAAUAAGGGUAAAUUAUAUUAUCAUUCAGGUUAUGCACUACACAAAUUAUAGAAAUAUUAUGAUGCAAUAUCAUGUUACGAUUAAGCUCUUUCUUUUAGAAUUUUACCUCUAAGAUUAUAACGAAAAGGUAUCUAAAACUUUAAUUUAUUUUUAGCUGAUUCACUAUUUGAAUUAGGAAAGAAAGCAGAAGCUAAACAAUGUUAUUUGGCUGCAUUGGAAAAUGGAUCUAAUGAUAAGAAUUACAUUUAGGAAUAACUAUCAAAGUUAUGA